AUGAGAGCAUUGGCAUACUUCGGUAAGGGUGACAUCAGGUUCACCAACCAUCUGGAAGAGCCCCGGAUCGUGGCUCCCGACGAGCUUGUUCUCGAUAUCGCAUGGUGCGGUAUUUGCGGUACGGACCUGCAUGAGUACACAGACGGUCCCAUCUUCUUCCCAGAGGACGGGCACACGAACGAGAUCAGCCACAACCCAUUGCCUCAGGCAAUGGGCCACGAGAUGGCGGGCACUGUUUUGAAAGUGGGUCCCGGCGUGACGCAGUUCAAGGUGGGCGACAAGGUGGUCGUUGAGCCCACGGGUACGUGCAGGGACCGCUACCGUUGGCCCGACUCGCCAAACGUGGACAAGGAGUGGUGUGCCGCGUGCAAAAGGGGCCUCUACAACAUCUGCUCGUACUUGGGCCUUUGUGGUGCCGGCGUGCAGAGUGGUGGGUUCGCAGAGCGGGUGGUGAUAAACGAGUCGCACUGCUACAAGGUGCCUGAGUUCGUGCCAUUGGACGUUGCUGCUUUGAUCCAGCCGUUGGCCGUGUGCUGGCAUGCGAUCAGCGUCUGCGACUUCAAAGCCGGGUCCACUGCUCUGAUCAUUGGUGCCGGCCCAAUCGGCCUGGGUACCAUUCUGGCACUCAAUGCGGCCGGUUGCAGUGACAUUGCCGUCUCAGAGCCUGCUAAGGUAAGAAGAGAGUUGGCUGAGAAGAUGGGAGCCAGGGUGUUCGACCCGACUGCCCACGCCGCUAAGGACAGUAUCAAAUAUUUGCGGUCGGUCGCUCCUGGCGGCGACGGAUACGACUACACUUUCGACUGCUCCGGGCUGGAAGUUACGUUGAAUGCUUCCAUUCAAUGUCUGACGUUUAGAGGCACCGCCGUGAAUCUGGCCAUGUGGGGCCACCACAAGAUACAGUUCUCUCCAAUGGACAUCACGCUGCAUGAGAGAAAGUACACGGGGUCCAUGUGCUACACUCACCAUGACUUCGAGGCGGUGAUCCAGGCUAUGGAAGAGCGCAGGAUUGAUGUUGCCAAGGCCAGACACAUGAUCACUGGUAGAGUCAGUCUCGAAGACGGUCUUAACGGUGCCAUCAUGAAGCUGAUAAACGAAAAGCAGUCCACCAUCAAGAUUAUUCUGACUCCGAACAAUCACGGCGAAUUGGAAAGAGAACCGGAUAACGAAAAGGAAGAUAUUUCCGAACUCAGCAACUGCAAGGACCAAGAAAGACUCAAAGAGUCCAUGAACGAGGCCAAGCUGCGUCACACAUGA